UAGGGGGUGGGAAAAGGGCAGGAGGCAGCAGAAGCCAGCAACCGCCAGGGUUUUCUCUGUUCGGUCGUGCGUCAGCUUCAUGUCGUAUGUGCAGUACGUACCGGUUGUUCAUCAGAGCUGGGGGUCUCUGUGCAGGGGCCAGGAGCUGGAGGCGGCCCAGGCCAAAGCUGCGAGCCACAAGUGGGCCGAAAAAAAGCGAAACGGGCCGAUCGACGUUUUUGCUGACGUAAGCAGGUAGAGGGUGUUUCUGGGCUUUCCCGGGAGAGGAACAUGAAAAUGGACAGACACAUCAGGAGGAAGGAAGACGAAGGUUGAGGAAAGGACCUGGGGGACCGGGAGAAGCGGAGCAGACUGCAAAGACUACACACAGACAGCACGACUACGAUGGGCUGGUGGCCAUUUCACAGAGGAAACAAAAGCGACGACAGCAGCAGCAGCAGCAGCAGCAGCAGCAGCAGUGCAGAUCAGGCCAGUUCACAGCCAAUCUUUCUGGAAGACGUGCCUGCCAAGUACGCCCCGGCGGGGCAGACGCCGGCAGAGGUGCAGGCGCAGGCGCAGGGGCAGGCGGGCUACUCGGUGUCGAACGAGGUGAAGACGUUUGUCGGCACGCUGACGCCGCAGCACUUCUACUUCUCGAACCUCGUGCAGAUCCCGUGCUUCCGAGAAGCAGGGCUCUCUGGGUUCUCGUGUUUCUUUGUGUUCUCGUCGGUGCUGUACGUGUACCACCGGUCGUUGCGGACUGCGGUGAACUGGGGGUUCGGGGGCUUGCUGCUUGGAAGCAUCUUCGGGUGGGAGCACUGCAACAACACGCGGAGAAACUCGCAGAUGGCGGUCCGGCUGGCGCAGGAGAGGCUCGAGCGGAAGCGCAGCGGGGCAGAGCCAGAGCCCCGGACAGAGUCCCGGACAUGAGCAUGACCACGACACACGGCGUGUCUUCCUGUAUAUAUAGAG